AUGACGAUCGCGGACUUUAAGGCGAUGACUAAUAACUUCAACCCGUCUAGCAUGCUGGGAGAGGGCUCGUUCGGCCGCGUGUACCGCGGCGACCUUAACGGGCGCGCCGUGGCGAUUAAGAAGCUCGACGCGGGGUCGCAGCCAGAGGACGAGUUCCUAGACGGGGUGGCAGUGGCGAGCAAUCUGCGGCACUCAGGCAUGGUGGAGCUCAUGGCAUUCUGCUGUGACGGCCCGCAGCGGGUGCUCGUGUACGAGCUGGCAGAGCACGGCAGCCUGCACGACAUCCUGCACGGCCGAAAGCUAGCAAUCAAGACAGAGGAAGCGCCCAUCACGCUCUCGUGGCAGCAGCGCAUGAAGAUUGCUCUGGGCGCAGCGACGGGGCUAGCAUACCUGCACGAGGAGGCGAACAUGGUGCACAAGGGCGUGAAGUCGAGCAACGUGCUGGUGUUUGAGGACUUUACUUCCAAGAUCGCGGAUUUUAAUGUUGCCAAUGAGGCCCCGGACCAGGCGUCCCGCCUGCACUCCGCCCGCGUGCUGGGCACGUUUGGGUACAACGCACCUGAGUACGCGACGGUGGGGCAGCUGACGCAGAAGAGCGAUGUGUACAGCUUUGGUGUGGUGCUGUUAGAGCUGCUCACGGGGCGCAAGCCCGUGGACCAGAACAUGCCGCGCGGCCAGCAGUCGCUCGUGCAAUGGGCGACGCACGGGAGGCUAGCAGAGGACAGGGUGAAGCACUGUGUGGACCCCAAGCUCAAGAGCUCAUUCCCUGCCAAGGCCGUGGUCAAGUUUGCAGCGCUGGCAGCGCUGUGUGUGCAGUACGAGGCGAGUUUCACGCUGGCAGCGCUGUGUGUGCAGUACGAGGCGGAGUUCCGGCCGUCCAUGGGCACAGUUGUCAAGUCACUCCUGCCGCUCACUCAAGAAGGCGCGGAUGGCGAGGACUAA